AUGGCCUCCCAGCUGCUGGCGCGGCGGCCGCCCGGCGCGGCCUCCUCGUCCCGCAGCGACUUCGCGGGAGUUGUGGAUGGCCUCAGGCGGCUGAGCAUCUCCCAAGGCGCCGCCGGCAGGGCUGUGAUGCCCGUCGAGAUGAGAAGAGAAUGCCAACUCACAAAGAAAUUCUCGAACAAUGGUAACAGAGUCACUUUCUCUGGAAAGCGAAACAAACAUGUGCAGCGGGUGAACCUUCAGUGGCACAGUGUGUACUGGGAGAAGGGCCAACGAAUGGUGAAGCUGAGGAUCUGUGCAAAGGCUCUGCGGACUAUCCGAAAGAAGGGUCUGGAUGCGAUGGCAAAGGAAGCAGAUAUAGAUCUGUGGAAACUUCCCUUCAAGGACUGCCGACCAGAGCGGCGCCAGUACCUGGCAGAGCACCCCAUGGUGGUACCUGCGAAGAAGAACCCAGGGCCCAAGAAGAUGAAGAACCCAGAGAAGUUGGCUGCCUCAAAGAAGACGCCGCUGGUUGGCAAGUAUUUGGAUGGCAGGGUGGUUUAUGUCCGGGCAGAGCCUGGGCAAUUUUGA